AUGUUAAAUAAUAUUUUGCUGCAAACAAGAGAAAAAGAAGAUAAUCCACCCCAAGGAAAUUCAGAGUCCUCCUUCUCCCAGAAUUCAACCACAAUAGAGACUGCCAAUUUAUCAUAGACUCCAACUCUUAAUUUAAUUAAUUAAGAGAAUGGCCCUCGUCAUACCUUCUCAUAGUUAGAUUAAAUUUAUUAACCCUUGUUACAACAUAAUUAAUAAUUGUCGAGUCUGAAUGAUUUGCAAAAACAGAGAUUUCUUAUUUAAAUAACAGGGGUUUGGAUAUUUUAGGAAGCUAUAUAAAUAAUUAUGUCAGUCAUAACUAUCCUAGAUUUUAACUACGAUAACUUGUUUUAUAAUUUUGAAUAGGAAAAAUAUCGAGCACCAUUAUACUUAUUCUUUCUGAUCUCUGCCUCAUAAUUAUUGUUAAUCAGAUUCUAUAAACCAUUUAGAUGUAAACACUAUGCUUUUUUCAUAUUCUUGAUCUUCACAAUUUCAUAUGCUUUAUGGAUUAGUGGCCUCAUCGCUGCGGACCAUUCAGAUAUUUGGAACAUAGAAAACUCUGUUUAAAUCGGAUUCGCCAUUUUCAUAGGUAUUAUAUGCAAUUUUCUGACUUUGAUUACUCUGCAAUUUCAUUUUUCUCUGACCAAUAAAAAGAUAACAUUUUUUAGAACAAUUAAGUAUGUUGUCAUUCCACCCUUUGUUUAUGCCUUCAUAUUUUAAAUAUUCAACCCUUUUGAUUAUACUGCAGUACUAAUUUUAUGGAUGUCAACAGAGUUAUGGGCCUUAACCUUUGGAGGCUUGUUUCUGUACAGUACAUUACAAAUAAUUAAUGGUAAGUUUAAUCUAAAUUAAGAUUAAACCAUCUCUGCAGCACUUUUGGCAUUUAUUAAUAUGUUUUUUCCAUUUGGACAUUUUUGA